UUUUUUCCUGGGGAAAGGCUCCUCUGGAGCAGGUAGAGAACAAAGUCUUCCCAGACUUUGGAUGGGUUCCGGAACUCGGUGAGCCCCCCUGCUUAAAACUCCUUGGAACCAACCUGUUUUGAGAAAGAUGGUGAGCAGUUCAGGGGACAACUGAGCAACAUGGCUGUGCGGUUUGAGGUUGCAGAGAUGGAGGAAAUGACCAUCUGGGAGCAAUAUACCAUUACAUUGAAUCGGGAUCCCCGGAAGGGUUUUGGCAUUGCCAUUUCGGGUGGCCGCGAUCGUCCAAACAGUUCAGAUGGCGAUACCUCUAUUGUCAUAUCAGAUGUGGUGCCUGGAGGCCCGGCUGUUGGACGACUCCAGACCCGGGACAAGAUUGCCAUGGUCAAUGGCCUCUCCAUGGAGAACGUGUCUUCGUCUUUCGCCAUUUCCACUUUGAAAACCUGUGGCAAGUUGGCUAAUAUUACGGUAAAAAGACCCAGAAAAAUCCAUCUGCCAGUUGCCAAAUCCAGCCAGCCGAGAAGCCAGCCUUCCUUGACUCCUACUAAACAUGUAACGGAUGGGAGAAACGAUGACUCGGAUGAGGAUUAUGGGUACCAAGGUGGUGAGUCAGCCCCCUCGGGCAGACAUCCCGGGCAGAGCCGGCAGCGGACAGAAGCAGAACAUAACCGCGGUUACGAUGGGGACUCGUCCAGCGAGAGAAGUUCGGGACAUUAUCGUGAGGAUGACAAUGACAGCACCCGCAGGCAGCCCCUCAGGAGCCGGAGGCGGAGCCAAGAGGGGGGCUACCAGAGGCGGAGCCAAGACAGUGGGUCUGAUAGGCCCCCUCUGGCCAAUGGGCACCAUCACAAAGGAAGCACCAGUGGGCUUGUCCUGAUGUCUGGGUUUAAGAGACUGCCAAGGCAGGACGUGCCAAUGAAACCAGUCCGCUCGGUUUUGGUGAAAAGGAAGGAGAGUGAAGAAUACGGACUGAAGCUGGGGAGCCAGAUUUUCAUCAAACACAUCACUGAGACAGGAUUGGCGGCCAAGGAUAACUCCCUGCAGGAAGGGGACCUAAUCCUCAAGAUCAACGGCGUUGUCAGCGAGAACAUGUCCUUGGAAGAGACGCGGCAGCUGAUCGAACAGUCCGAGGGAAAACUUACCUUACUUGUUUUGCGUGAUAACAGCCAGUUCUUGGUCAACAUCCCUCAAGUGAGAGACAGCGAUACGGAGAGUUCCCACCUGGAUGAUAUAUCUGAUCUUGGUUCAGACAUCUCGCCUCCCCCUCCUGUGGGAAGCCCACCACAUUCUCCUCAGUCUCCAACAAGGGAUUCCCUCCAAUCAAACAGGGAUUACAGCAGACAAGAAACAACAGCAAUGGAAGAGUUGACUCCAUCACCAGUUCUUAAUCCCAAAGAAUCCCCCAAUGAAUACAGUUUCCGAAGGAAUAAUUCCAUUACGCAAAAUGAUGGGCUUUCAGGGUAUAGCCCCGAUUUGAAGGUGGUGCGUUUUGUCAAAGCCAAGAGCAUCGGGCUCCGUCUUACCGGCGGGAAUGACGUUGGGAUAUUUGUGUCUGGCGUGCAGGAGGGCAGCCCGGCUGAGAUGCAAGGCAUCCAAGAAGGCGACCAGAUCCUUCAGGUGAAUGAGAAGCCCUUCCAGAACUCGACUCGUGAGGACGCUGUGCAGUACUUGAUGGAGUUGCUCCCAGGGGAAGAAGUGACGUUCCACGUUCAGAACAAACAGGACAUUUACAAGAAGAUGGUCAAAUCCAACCUGGGAGAUUCGUUCUACAUCCGCACCCACUUUGAUUUUGAGAAGGAUACGCCUUCCGCCCUGAGCUUUACGCGGGGAGAAGUUUUCCAUGUGGUGGACACGAUGUAUCGGGGCAAACUGGGAAGCUGGCUGGCUCUGCGGAUGGGAAAGGAAUUUCAAGAGCUGGACAAGGGCAUUAUCCCAAACCGGAGCAGGGCAGAACAGUUCGCCAGUCUGGAAACGGUUCUCAAAGCGACGUCCAAGCCCUCCAGUGCUUUAGGGGCUCGAGCAGAGUUCUGGAAACUCCGAGGUUUGCGGGGAGCCAAACGGAUGCUGCGCAAAAGCCGGGAAGAUCUUUCAACCCUCACCAAGCAGGGCCACUACCCACCUUACGAAAAGGUUGUACUCAAGGAAGCCACUUUUAAGCGUCCUGUGGUGAUCCUGGGCCCAAUUGCUGACAUCGCCAUGCAGAAACUGAGCACGGAGAUGCCAGAUCAAUUUCAGGUUGCAGAGAGUGUUAUCAGAGAAGGAGGAACAUCCAAAGUGAUCAAACUGGACACUGUGUGGCAAGUUGCAAAGCAGGAUAAACAUGCAUUGUUAGAUAUCACGCCAGCUGCCGUCGAACGUCUCAAUUAUGUGCAGUAUUUCCCCAUUGUGGUCUUCUGUGAGCCCGAUAGCCGGCAAGGAAUCAAGGCCAUGAGGCAGUGGCUGGUGCCAGAUUCCAAGAAGAGUUCGCGGCGUCUCUAUGCACAGGCCACCAAGAUGCAGAAGUAUUGCAGCCACCUCUUCACAGCUACCAUCAGUCUCGCCGGAGGCUCCAACAACUGGUAUCAGACCCUGAAGGAGAUCAUCCAAAUUCAGCAGGCCCGCCCUGUCUGGAUGACGGAAGAACAGGUGGAUGCUUCGGCUGAGGAGAGUCUGGACAUAUUAAACCAGACCUCGGCCAUCAGUAUGGGUGACCUGACUUGUGACAGUCGGGCCAACAGUGAUUAUGAGGAAACGGACGCAGAAGGAGAACCUUACACAGACCAGGAUCUAGACGAGCCCUAUCAAGAGGCAGCUCUGAGUCGUUCAUCAGAGCCAGCAGAACAAAACCUCGAUCGGGAGCUGGACGAACGUGUGGCAGCUGCAUUGGCCUACCCCAUUGACGUGCAUGAGAGUGAUCACCAACCCCAAGGACAGUGGCACAGCAGUUAUGACAUCAGGGAAUACGAACAUGAAGCGCUGCGGAAGAAGUUCACCCAUGCGCAGACUUAUGACUCUGAGUCAGACCAGGACUAUGGUUACGACUGGGGACCUGCCACAGACCUGUGACCACACCAACAGCCACGUGGCCUCCUGCAACUUUCUUGGAUGGCCGUGCAAAGCUGUCGUCGUCAUUCCAAUUUUGGCGGAACCCUUCCAAGGCCUUUGAUCUCCUCAUAGAGCGCUAAAAACCUACGCCCUAGGGCCAUGAUGGCGAACCUAUGGCACGCGUGCCACAGGUGGCACGCGGAACCAUGUUGCCUGGCAUCCCGGCUCAGCUCUCAGCCUCUCUAGGAGACUCUGGAGACUGGGGACAGCAAAUAAGUCACUUCCUGUCUAACCGAAAGUUGGAAAACGGGCUCUUUUGGGCCUCCGGAGGACCUCCGAGGGGGUGGGGAAGGCUGUUUUUGCCCUCCCCAGAUGCAUAGAGAGGAUCUGGAGCCAAGUGAGAAAGAAAAACAGGCCUACUGGGCCAUCGUGUGCCAGAAGCGGGGGUGGGGCGGGGCACAUAGAAUUAUGGGUGUGUGCACACACGGACGUGAACUUCCCCUGCCCCCCCCCCUUCCUGGCACGCGAUGGCAAAAAGGUUAGCCAUCACUGCCCUAGGGGAUGUGGCAAAAUUUUCAGCCGCUGGAAGUCCUCAUGACCAGCUUUGUGCUUGUUCCAGAAAUGUUGCUUUUCUCUUUCACCGUCUUGCCUUAAGUUGUGGACACCUCAGAGCAGCCAGGAGGAGCAAGCCACCUUGAAUGGAAGUUUGGUCUUCAGUUGAACCUCUCCACCGGCCUUUCUUUGGUUUGUUUCAUCUCAAGCUCGAUCCCCGGUGCGUUCAAGCUACUUCUGCCCUUUGAUCUAGAAGAUCAAGGGUUUCCACCGGCCAUCUCAACAAGCUCAUCAUAUGGCUUUGGAACGACUUUACAACCAUUUAAAUGUCAUCCUGGAUCCAUUUAACCCGAAUAAAGAGCUUCAAGUUGCCUAUACAUCAAUGUUUCUCAACCCUAACUUGAAGAUGUCUGGACUUCAAUUCUCAGAAUUCUGGGAGUUGAAGUCCAGAUAUCUUCCAGUUGCCAAGAUGGAGGAAUACUGUACACAGCAUCAUUAGGCCACUUCUAUACUUCAAGUGAGGCGAAGAAUUUCCACCUCAUGUUUUAACUUGAUACACAAUGCUUUUAAGAAACCAUUCUAUGCCCAUUCACAAAGUUGAGGAUUUUCUCAAGAAUUUUAAAUCUACACCUCACAUAUUGUCUUUCCCCACCAAAGAGGACUAUUUUUGCUUACAAACCACACUCCGUGUUUUAUCUUUUUAAAUCUUUCCCCCUGCGUAUAUCACCAGCUAUAGUAAUAUAAUUCCCUAAAUGUCAGUCAAGAGCCCCUUCCAUACCCUUUCACUUCAGGCCUAAAGUGUUACUUUAUAAUCUCACAUGACUGCAAAUUAAGGCUGACAUUUACGAAAUUGCCAAUUUUGACUACUAUACAACUCCAAAAUCUCAUUCAAUCUGGCCUGAAAUCGUUCAUGAUUCGGCUUUUUUUUUUUUUUUCAAAAAAAGUUCAAUUGGGAGGUUACACAUUUAUGGGACAGAUAGUCCUCGAGUUAUGACCGUAAUGGAGCUGGCCCAUUAUGGUCAAAAGUCGGCAUAAAUCUUAUUGGGGCACUAUUGUUCUGGUUCCCUAGAAUUUUAUAACUCCCUUUUUUAUAAUUUGUAAUGUGGUAGUCAGAGGGUGAUUUAAUUCUGCCUUUUUAAUCAAAAAAUGUGAAAGAGUAUUAAGCAUACUUAAUUGCUUUUUUAAAAAUCUGUAUAACCUCCCUUUGGGAUUUCUCUCCCCUUUUGCAUUUUUGUGCGCCUGCUGACAAGGAGCAGCCUGGGAUGAGGGAAUCUGAUGUAUUGCCUUUAAUGUACAUGUCAAUCUUCUUCGUAUGUGAUGAGUGAAGAUGGAGGAGCCGUGGAUUGCCCGUCCAUCAUUUGUGCCUUUUGUACUAUUAAAGCAUUCCUUUUCAGCUAA